UCCUUCGGCCGCGGCGUCGGGGAGGCCGCCAGGGGCAGGCUCUUCAUCGACUGGCGCCGCCGCCCCGACGUCGUCCUCCCGCCCGGGCACCACCGAGGCUUUGCUCUCCCCUCUGUGCCCUUCUCGCCGUGGAUGGCGCAUCCGGCCGGACCCGGCGGCGCUGGCGGCAGGAUGUUCCUCCAGGCGACUACGCCGGCGACCGUCUACGACUACGACGCCUACCAGCACCACCACCAGCGGCGACACAUCGGGUACGACGGCUACGGGGCGGCACCCGGCAGGCAGGUGCUGUUCUACCAGCCGCAGCAGCACUACCACCACCAGCACCAGUCGCUGGUCCUGGAGUCGGUGCCGGUGCGCAUGGUCGCCGCGCCAGAGCACCCGGAGGCGUCCGCGGUGGCGACGUCGGGGUCGAAGCGGGUGCGGCUCUUCGGGGUGAAUCUCGAGUGCGCGGCGGACGCCGAGGAGGACUUCAGCGGGCCCGGGAGAACGGCGACAACGGCGCUGCAACUGCUGUCACCGGCCUCCUCCUCAUCGUCGUCGUCCGGGAAAGCGAGGUGCUCUUUGAAUCUUGACUUGUGAAGCGCUAAAGUGUGGGCGGUCGCACGAUCCACUACUACCACCACUACUGCUACUCAGAUUCUGACACAAACGGGGUCGCCGCCGGCCGUUCGCAAAGAAGAAAUUAACCUGUCGAUCGGAGAAGUAAACAAAUGCGGCGGCGGCGGCGGCCGCCGGUGCAUGCGUGGAGCAUCUAGCCUCUUCGUAAUCUCUUCCUUUGGUAUAUAGCUCAUGAUCCCUCCUUAAUUAUUAGCCAGUUCAGUGCAGUGUGAGAAGAAACACGAAAAGAACAAUUUAAGCAGCAGCAGCAGCAACAACAAAAAAUCUUUCUAUCUUGAUUGAUGCAUGGUUUCUUCUAUUUGCUCUGAUUUGCAUUCCUUCCCCAAUUUCCCCUCGUGUGCUUGAUUAUAAUUAAGUUGUCUUAGCAUGAACUCUCGUUCUUUUCAUUUGGGGACUUAAACACAGGAAAAUUAUUGUAGGAAGAGAAAACUAUAUGUAUAUAUCAUGAGCCCAUGACCGAGCCUAGGAGACAUAGUGUGCUCCCCACAUAUGAUAACAAUUAAUAUGCACCGUUGUACAAAUACAAUACAUGCAAGUAUCUUGGAGGUGGGAUGCAAAGCUUAAUUAAUAAAUUAAUUGUGCUGUAAUUGUGCACAUGGAUUGUUCUUGUUUGCUGCUGCUCUAGUGUGGGCAUAUGCAGGUCAAUUGGGCUCUCCUUCCAAAGCUAGCUAGCUGUAGGUGAGGAGAGGUUGCCUUUAAAAUGUAGCUUAGCAGCAAGCAAGCCAGUAUGCCAGCCAGCCUUGUAGCUUGCUUGCUAGGACAGACAGUCAUGGCAGAGGCCUGGAGCUCAGACCCUAAAUCCUUCUCCUACACAUGCCUGCCUGCCUGCCUGCCUGCAAUUACAUACUACAUUCAUACACAUGCAUCUCUCCCUCUCUCUCUCUACGUAUCUCUCUCUCUCCUCCGCUCAUACUCUCUCUCUCCACAGUAGUACUAUAGCACUGUUGCACUGCUUGAUUUGGCUUGGGCAUUUGUCCCAUGUGCAAUUCCUUCGUCCCUGCUGCUUCAGCUUCUGCUGCGGCUGCUGUUUCUUCUGCGGCAACACCACGGCAUCUAUGCCUUGUGCGUGAAAUGUUCAUCAGGCAUAGUACACCAUGCAUGCCAGCGUACAUAACUACAUACGCAGGCAGAACUAAAUGCCAAGAUGUGUGUAUGUAUGUAUAUGUAUGCAUGCAUGCCAACCAGCCAGCCUUUGAGCUGCUACCAAGAAGGUGUAGUAAAAAAGAAGAAUUAAAGCUGCUCGUUAGUAAAAAGCUAGAUGCUGCCGUAGAUCCUUCCCUCCUGCAGUCCUCCUGGACCUCGGUUCUUCCCCAGAGAGAGAUAGAGAGUGGGAGAUCCAUGUGGGUGCACUGCAAAACCGCAGAGAGCACAUUGCAAUAUUGCAUCAGAUACAGGACGUAGGAGGCUAUGCACAGCAUUGCAUGGCUCAAUUAAUUGGAAAUACUACACUUGCACAGUUGCACCUAUAGAGAUCUGGAUUCAGGUAGUACUACUGGGCAGUGAUGAACCAUCAGUAAUCUCUGCAUGUAGGAGUAACUUUGAGCCAUGUGUCACCCAUUAUUAGGCCUUAAUGCUGGGUAUAUACCCAUCACUGCUGCCACAGCCCAACCCCAGGGCUAGCUGUUCCUGGGGUCCUGCCUGCAGGUAGAUAUAGAUUUGGUGUUUUGGUAAUUGAUGAUUCCUGUGAUUAGUCCAGGCACCCAUGCAUAUGCCUUGUCAGCGAUUCAGUAUGGAGUUAAUGUAGCAGCUUUGUUGUUGCCUUUGCGUUUAAGAUCGAGCAUGCAUUGCAUUGAUCUUCAUAUCCAAGUCUGUUUGCUGAUAUUUUUGAAUUUUUGAUUUCAAAUUCUGGGAUGGUACAGCUUACACAUGUUUUUAGUUUUCUCUAUUAGGGAGAGGCAUCAAUCCCCUGUCUUGUUUGGGUACACUUUUUAUCUGACUCAGCCACUUUGGAUUGGAAGGGAUUUUAUUUUUAUUUUUUUGAAUUGUUUGGAUUGCUUAUCACAUAAGCCAUGUGGAUUGGAAGGGAUUUUAGUUCUAUGUUCUCUACCUAUCCGGAGGAUUUGUGUGAGACUAUAAUUUGUAUGAAAAUGGGUUCUCGAUAUAAAGGUGUAUUAUACUGUAGAUAGAAAACCAUAUCUGUAUGCAUCAGGCAAUGCAGAGGCCGAGGGGACAACCAUUUUUUUUAAAUGAUGAAAAACCCAAUAAUUAUGCUUGGUGUUCCUUGUUUUGAGACACCUUUUUGUACCCCUAUUUAAAAAUCAAUAAACAUACACAGCA